CCUGUGUAGCUUAUACAAUUGUAAGUUGACUAUGAAGCUGCUUAACACGUUUGCUCUUAUUGCGGCUUUACUCUGUGCUGUUCAGGGUCAGUAUCGUGGAACUGUUCAACUUGUUAGAAGUGGACCUUUCUCAUCAUCUUAUUCAGCUGGAAUAGUUCAGAUCUACUACUUUAGCAGUUCCUCCAGUACACUCAGAUGGGGCAAUAUUUGUUUUGAUAGUUCAUUUGGUAGCACUGAAGCUAGUGUCAUUUGUAACCAGUUGGGGUAUAAUGGAGCAUCAGGUUAUGGUAGAACUGGGAACACGUCAAGCUAUGGAACUGAUAGAACUGCUACAAUUCUUGCUGGCAUUAAUUGUGCUGAGAGUAGCUAUUUGACACUUGAGCAAUGCAAUGUGACAACAAACAUCUCAAGUUCCUGUACCAGUGACAGUGAAGAUGUAUAUGUAUCAUGCUAUACUACUAGAAUCUGGAAUAAUCCUUAUUCUGGACAGAUUCGUCUAGUAGGAGGUACUUAUUCAAGUUAUGGUAGACUGGAAGUAUAUUGUAAUGGACAGUGGGGUACAGUAUGUGAUCAUAGCUUUGGUGCAACUGAUGCUAGAGUUGCCUGCCGUCAGUUAGGAUACAGUGAUUACAGCACAUAUACUGGAAACCUUGCUGGGUCUAGCUCUCAACCUAUUUGGUUGGACAAUGUCAUUUGUAGUAGCAGUUCAAAUUGUCUUGCCUAUUGUGAGUCUUGUCCAGCUACACAGUAUCAUAACUGUAGACACAGUGAAGAUGUGGCUUUGGGAUGUGAAUUUAAAAGUACUUUUACGCCAUCCUCUAAUACAUUGAGUACUUGUCAAUUUGCUGAUACUGAGGCGUCCAUAAUAACAUCAAUUUUUAACAGCAUUGGAGCUAUCAUUGGAGGUGUUAUUGCAGGAAUUUUUGUAUGCAUUGCUCUUAUAGUAGCAAUACCAAUAUGCAUAUGUUGCUGUUUGGGUGUUGGAAUUGGUGCUGCUGUUCGUGGCAGCAAUAGAAGGACCUCUACAAAUGUUGCUGUACCACCUCCUGCUUAUGAUCAAAAACCACCACCAGCAGUAGCUUAUCCUGCUACUGGUUAUGAUGUAGAGAAAAGUCCUCAGCAGGACCAUUCCCAAUAGCUUUGCCAGUUGUGUUGAGUGGAUAUUGUAUAUACAUAUACACAUGUACUUAUUCUUCGUAUUAUGAUAAUUU